GCUAUGAUAUAUAGAGUGAAGCGACUUAUGUUUAAAUCGCGUUGGGAAGUGGCCUAGAUUAGAGGGACUUUGCAGUAUCAAAUCCUAACCCGAUAUAUCUAAGCGUUUAAGACUUUUUAAUACUUUUAUAGGAUAUCGUGUUAGGCCGGCUGAUGCCCAGUUAGUGAUUUGUACGGUUUUAAGACAGCACGUCGGUGAACGGGACUUUUUUUUGACGAAAUCGUACAGGAACUUUUUAAAUUUUCUUUUUUGAAAUUUUGGUUCUUUUUUGAGUGACUUGUGGCUAUCUGGUGGGUUCGUUAUUUUGUGACAACUGGAACUAGUUUUUUCUCUGACCUUUUUCGGGGAAUGAUCCCAGUACAUUCCAGAACAUCGUGAAUCAAACCACCACCACGACGACGCUUUUAGAUACCGUCCCAUCCUACAGACUAAUGGACCGGAUAGAACAAUUGUCCGAUCCAGCUCUCUGCCUCCAAGAACUGGUGACGGGAGUGACAACUUCCUCGGCAAACUCGGAUCUCCAUGGGGUCCAUCACCUCCACGACUCCGUCAGUUCCGCUGUUUCGGUUAACUCAGCUAUUUCCGGUAUCAUGACUUCCGGUUCGUUGGGUCAUCAUGUGUCCAGCCAUGAUUCGCCUCACCAUCAUGGAGUUGUGCCUCACACUCCCUCGCUACAUCACGAACCGUUGGAGAAAUUGAAACGUGUGUGGGCCGAAACCGGGGAUUUUCGGGAUGCUCACUCGACCGGAUCGAUGACCCCCGGAUCCAGUUCAACCCCCUCAAUGGACCACCCUCAGUUGCCUUUUCCCGCUUCCGUGAGGAGUCGCACUCGCGAUAGAAAAGCGAGUCGGUCGUUACCAGAUACGAUAAAAACCGAGGCGGGCGUGGCAGAUCAGACCGAACCUGAGGAUGGUAAAAACGAUAAAAAAACGAAACGUCAAAGGAGGCAACGCACUCAUUUUACCAGUCAACAACUUCAAGAGCUUGAAGCUACUUUUGCUAGGAAUCGCUACCCGGAUAUGAGUACCAGGGAGGAAAUUGCUAUGUGGACUAAUUUGACUGAGGCCAGAGUUAGGGUGUGGUUCAAGAACCGCCGCGCAAAAUGGCGUAAACGUGAACGCAACGCAAUGAACGCAAUGAACGCAGCAGCCGAAUUCAAAACCGGUUUCGGUUCGCAAUUCAACGGACUUAUGCCUACCAUAGGCGAAGACAGCUUCUACUCCUAUUCCACUUACAAUAACUGGACGAAGGUCCCUAGCCCUUUAGGCACCAAACCUUUUUGGCCUGUGGUACCAUCGAACCACCACCAAAGCCCCGUAAACUGCUUUAACGCAGCUACUUCUGUCGCUUCCAUGGGGGGUGCCGCGAGUUCAAUGUUACCUGGUGGAAUGUCAAAUUUGACCAGCACACCCUCCGCUCAACCCUGUCCUUACACCACUCCGGCAAACCCUUACUCUAUGUACCAUCAUAGGACAACCGCGGAACCUUGUACAGCGAUGUCUUCGAGCAUAGCGUCGCUUAGGUUAAAAGCUAAACAGCAUACUGGCUUCGUGAGCUAUCCUAGUGUUAGUCCAGUCCGGUCAGCUUCGGCAGGGUUACAGGCUUGUCAGUAUGCAGGUACUGGAAUUGGGGUGGGUGAGAGGCCGGGCUGAGAGGAGGGGGUGGCCCUUGAGGGCCAUGUUGUGAUGAAACAUGAGGACCAGGAUGAUUAAGCUUGUGACGUCGAUCACAAAUGUUGUUUUUUUUUAUUUCGUAUAAUUAUUUCAUAGAGUGUGGGAGAAAAAAGGUGAUGCAUGUAUUGCGAUUUCGAGAGUUAGAGAGAGGAGAAAAUAUCCUUCAGUUUUUUGGCAAAUUAUUAUGUGCUCAAUUUACGAGGUUUCAGUUUUUUGAAACCAUUAUCAUUUUUUUUAACGCACGCCACUAAAACAAAAUAAUUUUUUUUUGAUAAUCGUUUACCUCUGUCUAACAAAUUUCCGAAAACGCAAUAUUUUCAUUACCAAUUUUAGCACACUGUACAGGGUGCGUCAAUAAAACGCACAGCUAAGGUAAGUCAAAAAUAUCUAUAGCAAAGUUGUAGGAUUGCCUACAAAUAAAAAUUACUUUUACUUAUACAGGUGGGUGUCAAUUUUUUUCAAAUUGAACACCCUGUAUAAUAUUCCACAAAAUGUUUAGGCAUUAAGAGAGAUUUGCUUUGAUAUAACAUUUAUAAAAUUUGCAUAAGUUGUAAAUAUAAUAAUGCAAUUGAAGUUUAAAAAAAAUGCAUCCACACUGUUGGGCGCCAAAAUAUAUCAAAUGCGACAAAAAUUAUUUUAAAUUAAUUUUGUUUUUUUUUACACGCUGACACGAUUUACGUUGCCUUGUAACACGUAAUAGGAAAUUUGCUCACAAAAUGCAUGCGGUGCAAUAAACAAUACAAUAAUUGAUUUUUCUCGAUUUUUCCAAAAUUAAAUACGUUAGGUUUCAAAAUUUUUAAAUACCCCCGGUAUAUUUUUAUUUUAUUAAAUUUAUCUGUGAAAAACCCUAAUUUUUUGUGUAAGGUAAGCACCAAAAACGUAUUUUUAAAUCCCUUUAUUAAGAAUUUACACCAAAUUUAAAAUAAAUACUAUUGCUACAACUAAAUAUUGUAAUUGCUAUUACACACUUGAAACAGUAACUAAAUAACCUCAUUUACGAUCAAAAAUACUUAUGUCAAACUACAGGCACACCUCAAUAUUAAGCGCCUUAGGUUUUUGAAAAAAUCAAUUAACCCUGUUUCUUAAGAGAUAUCAAUUAUUAUCUCCAAAUCGAUUUUUACUUAUUUCAAUUUUUUUAUAUUAUUAAUACGAGCAUUGGACAAUAGGGAAGUCACUUACAAGAUAUUCCAAGUAAAAGCCAGAAUUUAUCAUUGACUUUGUUAAUAACUGCCGACAUUUACCUAAACUUUUUUGAUUUGUGUAUAACAUAAUAUGAUUCAUCCAAAAAAAAAAUUGUUUUAUAGACUGUACCUUUUCUACUAAGCAAAAAAAUUGAAUACAUUAUACAAACAUUACUCAAUCCAUAAGUUUAUAAUUCCAGACAGUUGAACCAUACGUUUUGUUAUAUUUUAGGCAGUUAAACCAGAACUAGAGCCUGCUUUAAUUUAUUUCCUGAAAUACAAAAAAAAACCAUAACUAAACUGUGCCUGGAAUAACAAAACUAAUACGAAAUGAUGGCUCUAUUGCCUAGAAUAUUUUUUUAAAGAUUCUUAGACACAAAACAUACAUAUUUUGUUAUUUCAGGCAAUUAGGCCAUUAAUUAAUUAAUUUAUUUUUAAAAUAUUAUUACAUUAUAAAUUGUGCUUAAUACGACCUCCUCAAUUUUUUACCUGUACACAAAAUAAAAUAAAUGGUAUAGGGCAUAGUUAACAAAAAAUUAAUUUUUUUAACAUUUUAUUGCGUAUUUAAUUUUGACAAAUUCGAACAUUUUUAAUAAACACUAUCAAAUACAAAAUGACAAAAUAUUACUGCUAGUCUUUAACACGUAUUUUAGACUUACUGUGUUAAUUUCGGUUAUAUAAAGAUAGAGCUCUCUUCAUCAAAGCAUUUUGUGAAAUAAUAUACUUGCAUUAAAAAAAUACAAAUGUUAACACCUUGUAUAUGUAAAAAUAUUUUUAGUUUUUAGAUUUUUGGUAACCCUACAACUUUACUAUAGUUUGCUCUAUGUCGUGUAAUUUAGACACAUCCUGUAUAGUGGAAUCGGUUUAAGGGUUAAUAGUAAUUAUUGCGUGCUAAACGAGGGUGGAAAUUUUUUGAAUUUAUUUAUUUUAUAAAACCAAAUAACCUAAAAAUAAUAAAAAAUUACUACCCUUAAGCUUUUUUGUACCCUUAAACGGAUUCCAAAUGUUUAUCUACGAAAACAGCAAUAGAACCUAAAUAUAGCCACCCCCCCAUAUUUAAAAAAAAUCAUAGCUCUUAAAGUCAUUAAUUAAAUUCACACAAUUUUACAGUGAAUUCACAAAAGCCAUUUGCGGGUGAAUAAACUGUAAAACUCACACUUUUCGUUGUAAAUUUUGUAAAUGUCCUUUAUAAAUUGAAAUCAGUGUAAAAAAUAAACGUUUGUUAGUGCAAAUCAAUGAAUUUGUAUGUAUAUAGAGACUUUUUCAAAUUUUUAUUGUGUUUCAUUAGGCAGAAAUACGUGAUUUUCACAGGGUGCAGAAUGACACCCUGUAUAAAUUCGUUUACGUUCUAUUUAAGCUAUGGAUGUGCCAAAUUAUACAAUGUUCAGUGCCAAAUUUCCAACCCAAAGAGCCAACCUAUUGCGCAUGUAUUAAUCAUAUUAUUAUAGUUUGUUAAUAAAUAAAAUUUUGUUGAUUUUUGUUUUUGGUUAGUUAUUUUUAGUUAGCUUUAAGUUAGUGCAAUUUUGUAUUACUGCCAUAUUAAAUAAAAAUUAGGUCGAGCUGUAUAUAUGGAUUUACUAAUAAUUAUUUUUAUGCGGUAGCAUUUGUUUGAGAAGAAAAUAGACAGUGAAAUUUAAUUUGUCAGUUAGGAUUAAUCCUGAAAUAAUUUAAGUAAGAACGGGUCACUUUGUCUCUCCAGCUCCUUGUAUAUUAUUAUAAUGUUCUUGACAUGUGCCAUAUAACACGUUCUAUAAACAGUUGUAAAUAUUUUAUUAUUAUCUAUUUCUUAAGAGAUUAGAAACCUUAUUAUGUAAGUUAAUUACAAGGCUGCUAGGUGCAAUUUUUAGUUACCAGAAAUAUAUAAUGAAGUAUAUAUUUAUACAUAGAUUUUCAGCUGACAGCUGGAAGUGUUUGUAUGGUAUUUAUACGUCAAAUAAGGCGCUCCCCCUGUUUUAAAAUCUGUACUACUAAAAUAUAAUUGUUUGUUGGUAAAUGGUGUAAAAUAUCUAAUAGUUUGUGAAACUGUAAAAAUUAAUAUCGUACUGUUGUAGGUACUUUGAAGAUAAAAAUAUACUCUGUGCAUAUCAUCUGUAUAACAGUGUUUUAAGAUUUUCAGUCAUCUAGUCAUAAUAAAUAAAUUCUUAAAUAGA